CCUAGCAGCGGCCGCAUGGUGGAUGAUGUCAGAUUAGAGCGACAGUGACACUGACAGCCAGGUUUCGGGCCAGGUUUCUGGCAGAGAGGAGAAGGUCGAUUCCCUUGGUUGAGAAGAUGGAGAGAGCUGCGGGGCUCAGGCUCCGACAGCUGGUCUCCGGUCUGCAGGGGACGCCAGGCCGCAAGGGACAGUGCUGCUACCAGGUGCGCGGUGUUCCGGUCAGGCUCUGCAGCUCACUGGGGUAUGCCGAUAAUGAAGACAAAGCUCUGCUGGAUCGUAUAAUACGAGUAGACCACGCUGGGGAAUAUGGAGCAAAUCGGAUUUAUGCUGGACAGAUGGCCGUAUUGGGAAGGUCAUCAGUAGGACCCAUCAUUCAGCAUAUGUGGGAUCAGGAGAAAGAGCACUUGAAAAAGUUUGAUGAGCUCAUGGUUUCAAACCGGGUCCGGCCUACAAUACUGCUGCCGUUUUGGAAUGUGGCUGGGUUUGUAUUAGGGGCUGGGACUGCUCUGUUGGGGAAGAAAGGCGCAAUGGCGUGUACAGUGGCGGUGGAGGAGUCUAUAUCUAACCAUUACAACAAUCAGAUCAGAGCGCUUAUGGAGAGGGACCCUGAGAAGCACAGAGAAUUACUACAGACAAUAAAGAAGUUUCGGGAUGAUGAGAUGGAGCACCAUGACACAGGACUGGAGCACGAUGCAGAGCUGGCUCCAGCCUACUCUGUGUUGAAGGGUGUCAUACAAGUGGGAUGCCGAACAGCUGUGUAUUUAUCUGAACGCCUGUGAGAAAAGGACAAUUUGUAAUUUUGCAGAAAGGAAUUUGUGGGGAUUACGGCUCUCGCGCACAAUGAAACCUUUUUUGUUUUACAGAGCCUUGGAAAGCAAUGAACUGUAUCUCUCCACUGCUGUCUUAUAAAUGGUCACUAGAUGGCAGUGUGGCUUAUUGGAUGUGAAGAACUUGUACUACGAUUGUACUGAUCAUAAGAACAAGUUAUAGUGUAUCGGUUAUGUAUACCAAGUGGAAGCAGGCAUUCUCUGAAGCAAUAUUCAGGAGAAUGCAGCCUUUCUGCUCACUUGAAACCAGCGAUAUCACGGAGGCAUGGUUUUAUACAGCACUGUAUUUCAAGUUCCCAUUUUAAUGAUUGGCUUGUUUAUGAUAAGUGAUGCUUUCCAUUGUUUAUAUCAGAUGUAGAUGUGGAACUGAUAUUUUACUAGGUGUUGGAUGUUUAAUGAUGUAUAACUAUUGUCAGUGGAAUUAUUCUGUUGUCAUUUUUACGGCUGGAAUCCUCUAAAUUUGGUAAAUGAUAA